CUUAGAAAAAUUUUGUCUUACGGUGAAGUAUGAGGAAUUAAUUUUUCUGAAACCAUUCAGUGAACCCUUUGUUUGAAUCAUGCUGGACCGCACGAGAUGCUAGUUUGGCUGCAUGGGCUUUCCGCAAGUGGAGAUAUCACCAAUUUACAUCUUUACGUGAUGAUUUAUGGGGCAAUGCGAUCUUUUUAAAAGAGGCCAAUGCGAUAUCAGUUGAACUUAAAAAGGGAGUUCAGUUUCAAUUCACAUUGUUGACAGAAACUCUAUAUUCACCUCUCCCUCCGGACUUGAUGCCAGGCAUUUCAGAGUCUCCUGCGAUUUGUAAUGAAACGUCAACUUCACAAAAAACGUUUGUUGCUGUUGAAGUAUCUGAUACCAAGAAUGGAGCAACUCACUAUUGGUCUCUGGAGAAGUUAAGACAACGCCUCGAGUUGAUGCGGGAAAUGUACCACAAUGAAGCUGAGCUCAGUCCAACAUCUCCAGACUAUAACGUGGAAAGUCUGACCGGUGGAGAUCCAUUUUACGAUCGCUUUCCUUGGUUUCGGAUGGUUGGCCGAUCAUUUGUAUACUUGAGCAAUUUACUGUAUCCUGUUCCUCUUGUACAUAAAGUUGCUAUUGUAAAUGAACGUGGUGAUGUCCGAGGCUACCUUCGUGUUGCGGUUCAACCCGUUAUGGACGAAGAAAGUAUAGAUUUCAAUAAUGGAGUCAAACAGUCGGCAAAAAUUAUUUUCGACGAUGAUGUGAAACCUCAAAAAUACCGUAUAAGCGAAAGAUAUGAUAGAUAUAAUCCUGAUAAAAUCGAAG